GGGAGUUUUGUUCUUCUCUGUGAAGUUGGCAGAAAAUCGAGGUCUUUCUCAAACAGUUUUGGCAUGCAGGGUCAUUUGUCACUGAAAUAUAAAAAAGUAUGUGAAGUCUGGGUCCCCACGGAUCAUCUGGUAGGGGAACCUAGUAAGUUCUGUACAGAGCAGAUUUGUGGGAUCCAACUUUUGGGGCUAAAACAAACACAAAUGCUCCUCCUCCGAGGGGCGGGGGCGGUGUCUGAGCAAUGCACCAAUCACAGCGCGCCCUGCCCUAUAUAAGGCCCUGAGGGGCAAGCGGUAUUUUACGCUUGUCGCUGGUUAUUACUCAUAGGUUUUGGUGUUGGUAUGUCCGAAACGGUUCCUGCAGCUCCAGCUGUUCCUGCUCCGGUCGCUAUGGAAAGGCCUCCAGCCAAAAAGCGAGGCAAGAAGCCAGUUGGUCUGUCAGGUGCCAGUCAUAAGGCCCGGAGUUCUUCAGUGUCUACGUUGAUCACUGAAGCUCUCUCGGUGUCUGAGGAACGGACAGGGAUGUCGCUGGCGGCCCUGAAGAAGGCACUGGCAUCUGUUGGCUACGAUGUAGAAAGGAAUAACAGCCGCAUCAAGAUUGCUCUAAAGAGUUUGGUGACCAAGGGUAUCCUGGUGCAGACCAGAGGUACUGGUGCCUGUGGUUCUUUCAGACUCAGCAAAAAGGCUGUUCCUGAAGGCAAGAGCAAGGUGAAAAAAUCGACCAAAAACAAGAAGCUGGGCAUAUCUAGGGACUCGAAAUCCCCAAAGAAUGCCAAGAACAACAAGGGCGUCAAGAAGCCGAAGACUACGCCGAAGAAGGUCUCCGGGGGCGGAAGGAAAGGUGGUGGUAAAGGAGCUAAGAGCAUUCAACAGCGGAAGAGCCCAGCCAAAGUGAGAGCUGGGAAGCCCAAGGGUGGGAAGCCGAAGAUGGCCCUGCAGAAAGGAAACCCUCGGAAAGCCGUGUCCAAGUGAGGAGCGCUAGUAAAAAGGCAGCUUUCGA